AUGGAGGAACCAAAGGAGUCUUUAUCUCGAAGAUUAUCUGGACUACUGGCUGCUUUGCGGAACUCUCACCAUAAGAGGACGAGUUCAAGUAGCAGCUCCUCGAAAUCAAAUGAAGUUGUUCUCUCCCGUAUUUUGGAAGUGUCAUCCGUACCAUCAAAGGCUCAGCAAAGCACGUCCAAGCCAGUCAUUGAAUCAUUGCCAGAUUUGCUGGAGUUCUUGAAGGCAGCAUCAAACCCAAAGAUUCUUCGCGAGGUGAUCGCACGUUUUUUGGAGAACCCCUUGUUGUCAGACAACGACAGGGAUUUAGUGAAAAGGAAGGUGCGUGAAAAAGUCGAAGAAGAGAAGAGAAGAAGAGACGCCAAAAAGUUAAUCACCAAUGCGGGGAGCACCGCCAAAAGUGAAUCCUCUUCACUGGCCCAGCUGUCCUCGAAUGAACCUUCUUCGAGCUCAAUCCCUAAAAUUCAUCUGGAUGACAUAUCUAUUGCGAGCGAGGAGAUCAACAUUGAUGGUGAGCCGAUUGAUCCGGCGGAUCUCCCAACUCCGUAUCCACAAGUCAAUGCACAAUUGCAAGAGGACGUAAAAGAGAAAAUUCGACACAAAGAAUGGGUUGCAACCACGGUGGUUCCUGAUACUUAUUCUCAGUCUGAUCCUCUCGUCAAUUCUGCACAAAUGACCACUAUUGCCCAAAUCUCCACGGAACACAUGCUACUGCAAAAUCCGUUUCUCCUACCAGAUAAUUCCAAUCCAUUCGCAGUACCACCACCUCAGCUUCCUGAGAUCAUGUCAGUCGUCCCUCCUACAAAAUUUCAGGUUCCGCCUCCUAGUGCCGUUAUGGGUAACUUGCCGCAUAAUCAUGGCUCCGCUGGAUUUGGAAGUCGUGAUAUUCUAGCUACACUGGGAGGAAUAGUGGCCUUUGCCCAGUUGGGAAAUAACAUAGCGAACUCGCAACUAUCAGCCCUUCCAACUAAAGCUACUAUUGUGUAUGAAAGAGACAUUAUUCCUAGAUCACCAACACCUCCUCCAACUCCUACCUCUACUGUCGAUCCGCUAUUGCGAUCAGGAGCAAUGGUGCCUGCUUUAAGCGAAACAGGACGUCUCGUAAUACCAGGGGCGCGAAUAUUUCCUAAGCAUGGUACCCAAACUACUUUGGAGUUGCCCACUGUCGAACAUGAAGAGGUUGCGCACGAAGAAUUCUACUACAUGGGAAGGAAAGAGAUAGCUAAAACGAGUGAUAUUGGGGAACGAAAAGUGAAACCCUCUGAAGCUCUUUCCUCAGAUGAUGUUGGAAAAAAAUGCUACAUUCGGCAGUACGCGCUGCGCUACAAUGUGUCUUUUGAAGAAGCCAAAAAAAUCCUCGAAGAAGAAGAAAGGGAGUAUAUGAAUUCGAAAAUGAAGAAAAGGCGUGCUGCUGAAGUCUAUACUAAAGGGUUCGUUCCUCUACCCAAGCAGAAAUAUGCGAAGAAUUAUGAAGAUAGCGAUUGUACUGCUGGAGCUACUCAUGCCGAAGCAUACGAAGAUGGGGGUAGUGAGUUAUGCGAUCGUUCCUCUCAUCACAAGAUUUAUAAGGAAGAGGAGGACCAGCAAGAAUGUGAUGAUCAAAGUUAUUCUGAGUUUUUUCGGGAAAAGGAUCACGUUGUAGAUCCACAAGCUUGCAUCAAGCGGGAUCACUGCAAGAAUGACUACGGCUCUCAUAGUUGCGGUGGCACUUCUCUGGAUCGUCGGAAACGGAGAAGACGAGCUGGGAAAAAACACAAGAAAAGACUUGUUCCUCUGGAAAGGACAAAGUGGUAG